AUGUCGAGGAAAGACGCAAGAGACGACUUCACGCGAAGAAUGGAGGAAGAGAAUACACGACAAAAGAAAAAGAAGAACUUUGGGUCGCGGGAUGCAAAGAUUUUACUCCAACAAGACCCCCUUCAAGACACCAACCUUGAGAAUACUACCGAUGAAACCUCUUCCUAUUCUGAAGUUGGCAAAAAUUUAAGUUCUGAAGAAGAAGACCCGAAUUAUAAGGACACGACUACUAUGUUCUUGGACCCAAAAGAAGUCUUUAAAAACGAAUCUUUGUGUGCGGGACCACAAUUAAAUGACCCAAUUGUACCAUUUAAUAUUGACACUCCACUCGCAACGACCGACAUCACACAAAUCAAAAUGCGAAGAAGAUUUGACCAAUUGGACGAUUUAAGCACAAGCAAACAAAAAGUAAUCAAAUUUGAUCCCAAUGAAAUCGCGAUUAAAAACGCAUUUUUAGACAUAUUUGGUAACGACUGGAAGACCAGACAAAUGUCGCGAUUUGUCGACGAUUUGCAAAAUGCCACAAACACCAUUUUGAAGACUACACGCGAGAUCAGAGGAGACGCCACUUAUGUUUUGCCUGUUAUUGGCAUCUCUUCGUCGUCAGUUGAUUACACGUCUUUCUUCAAAAAACUGUUAAGUGGAAAUGGCGCGCUUUUUGGAACAAGUCCAGACGUGAAAAACUGUUGUGAGAAUGUGCUGUACAUCGUUGACUCCCCACAAGAUGACAACGUCUCGAUAGUUGAGAAUCUUUGGAGAGAUUCCGAAGACACAACGCGGACAUUGUUAGUUGUUCCAAUUGCAGAGACUGUAUUGGAAGCAAAAGAGAUGUUACUUGGACUUCGAUGUCCCGAGGUCUUAAUGACUCCGAUAAUACUAGAUUUAAAUAUGUACGUUGAGACUUGCGAAGAUGUGUUACUUGAAGAUAUGAAGAGUGGAGUGUUACCGAUAAUCCAUCCAUUCAUAGUCGCAAAAGGCAUUAUGUAUUUCAGAGACUUUCACCAGUCGUUCAUCUUGUUUUUAGACUUUUUGAUAUCACAUGUGGAACACUCAGUGAUCUUAUCGCAUCCCUCUCUGAUCAUUCCAAAUUUUUUUGAGGGGGUUCUAAGCGAGAAAGAGGGGGAAUAUGUCGAGGAGUAUUACCAACUCUUCAUCUUGUUUUUCGGACAACUGCUCACGUCGCUUCAAGUGUUUAUGUUUGUUCAAUACAAAGUGAUGUAUCAUCCAUAUUCAGCCCUAUUAAAGUACAUGGACAUUGGGAAGAAAAUCGACGAAUUUGCGUUUCCAACGAAGUUUGAGGGGAUUACACCUAAUAAAUACUCAGAUGAGAAAUUGCUUCAAAUUGUGAGUUCUAUUAAUGAAACACCUUCAAGUGAGAGUUUUAAAGGACUUGUAGAAUAUAUUGCAAAUGUCUUUGGUGGUAUUGUGAUGUUACACGACGAGUACGCCGAAAUGAUGGAAUUGGCUUGUGUGUCGACAGAACUUGACUUUGAAGUCAAAUCAAUUUUUGAAAUUAUUAGGAAAAACAAGAAGAAACAAGAACGUGUGGAUUUAAGGCAGUAUGAGGCACUCUUAGAAAAAGCAAGUAAAAACCGAAUCACUACAGAGGAAGCACUGGAGGUGAUAGCAACUUCGGGACUGUCGGCAUACGCCGGCAAUGCGCUGGAAGGAGAAAAUGAAGGGGUACAUGUCACUAAGAACCACAUCAACAUUUUAAAGCAAUUUAUAACAUUCAACAUCUUCAGCUAUAGUGGAAAGUCGCUUUCUUCUAAUGAAAAGUAUUUC